AUGCGGGGAAAUGAGAACAUCAGACGUUUCUUCGUUCACUUGCUAUUGCCUUACUCAAUCAUUUGUUUUGAGGCUACACCGUUGUUUUCAUCCUUCUAUUACAACGAGCUCCAGACACCCAACGAUAAUUCCUGCCCCCCAGUCAAGACUCAAGAUGAAAGGGGUCACAUUGUCGAAGGAUCCAUUGAAGUCGUUCGGGAAGACGUUAGAUUGGUAGUCCGACCUCAAUGGUCUCCCCCAGAGCUUCCCCACACCCAAGCCAUGGAUGAAUAUGUCGGCUUUCCUUUUAGCCUGAAUACCAUGGUCAACCCCAUCCGCUCAUCACCGCUGUCGGCCGGUUGCAUUGGGAACCCGGGAACCCUUGGAGACUUCGGACUUGACAAGGCCUGGGUUGUGGGAAAAAUGAUGUUUUCCUGUUCCUGGUCCUGCGAGUCCCGCAGAUCUGGGAAUCCCACCCCAAGUGCACCGCUCGCGUCUUUUGGAGCAAGUGCUUCUCUCCAACUGGUUCUUCUCGCCAGCAGCACCUCUUUCCACCGACUGCACGUCAUGUGGAAGCUUCUUUUCCUUGCCUCUCUCGGCCUCGUUGCCGCAGAGGACGGCCUCGACGGCUGGUUGCGUUACGCUCGCCUACCAGAGUGCAAGUCUUCCGGCGUUGCCGAAUCUCUUCCCUCUACCGUCAUCGGUCUCAAUGCGACAGAAAAUGGCCCAAUUGCUUCCGCCUUGUCCGAAUUGACCAAGGGUUACCAAGGCAUCCUCGGUAAAGACGUCUCUAUCGGCCAGGACGCCUGUGCUGCUGCUUCCGUUGUCAUUGCUACUGUCGACGACUACGUUGCUGCUUGUGGAAGUGAGGGCAUUCAAGCGGACCUCAUUGAGGAUGGCUUCUGGCUUAGCGUCAAGGGUGAUGGUGUCAAGAUUCUGGGACAGAACGAGAGGGGUGCUCUCUACGGUACUUUUGAGUACCUGAGCCUGUUGGCCCAGGGCAACUUCACCGAGGUGACUUAUGCGACAAACCCUUCUGCUCCUGUCAGAUGGGCAAACCAAUGGGACAACAUGGAUGGCACAGGAACUCAUGGCAGCAUUGAGCGUGGUUACGGAGGUGUUUCCAUCUUCUUCGAGAACCUCAAGGUCGUCACCGACAUGACCCGCGUCUCCCAGUACGGCCGUCUGCUGGCGUCCGCCAGAAUCAACGGUAUCAUCGUCAACAACGUCAACGCCAAUGCCAUCCUCCUCUCCCCCGAGAACAUGGACGGGUUGAAGAGGAUUGCCGACGCUUUCAGGCCAUGGGGUGUUCAGGUGGGCAUCUCCCUCAACUUCGCCUCACCCCAGACAUACGGCAACCUUUCCACUUUCGACCCCCUCGACGAGACUGUCAUUGCCUGGUGGGGAAAUGUCACCGAUGAGCUCUACGCGCGCAUUCCCGAUAUGGCUGGAUACCUGGUCAAGGCCAACUCAGAGGGUCAGCCCGGCCCCCUGACCUACAACAGGACGCUGGCAGAUGGCGCCAACCUCUUCGCCAAGGAGCUCAAGAACCACGGCUCCAAGAAGGGCAUCGUCAUGUUCAGGGCCUUUGUCUACGACCAUCUCACGCUGAACCAGUCCGAUUGGCGCGCUGAUCGUGCCAACGCCCAGGUCGAGUUCUUCAAGCACCUCGACGGCCAAUUCGAUGACAACGUCAUUGUCCAGAUCAAGUACGGCGCCAUUGACUUCCAGGUCCGGGAGCCCGUGUCGCCCCUGUUUGCCAACUUGAAGAACACAAGCAUGGCCAUCGAGCUGCAGAUCUCCCAGGAGUAUCUCGGCCAGCAGGAUCACUUGGUCUACCUCCCUCCUCUCUGGAAGACGAUCCUCGACUUUGAUUUGCGCAUUGACGGUCAGCCUUCUGUUGUUAGUGACAUUCUUUCUGGCAAGCGCCUCAACAGGCCUCUCGGCGGCUACGCUGGUGUCAUCAAUGUCGGCGCGAACUCGACAUGGCUGGGAAGCCAUCUGGCUAUGUCCAACCUCUACGCCUACGGCAGACUUGCGUGGAGCCCUGCUGACGACGUUGUUGCCAUUGUCCAAGACUGGACCCGUCUGACAUUCGGUGUUGACCGCAAGAUCGUCGACACCAUUACCAAGAUGUCCAUGGAGAGCUGGCCCGCCUACGAGAGCUACAGCGGCAAUCUGGGCAUCCAGACCUUGACUGAUAUCCUCUACGCUCACUACGGUCCUAGCCCGCGCAGCCAAGACGGCAACAGUUGGGGCCAGUGGACCAGAGCAGACGGAGACAGCAUCGGAAUGGACCGUACUGUGAAGAACGGCACGAGGAACGCAGGGCAGUACCCUCCCGAGGUGGCGGUCAUGUACGAGGAGAUCGAGACGACCCCCGACGACCUGCUCCUCUGGUUCCACCACGUGCCCUAUACGCACAAGCUCAAGAGCGGCAAGACGGUCAUUCAGCACUUUUACGACGCGCACUACGACGGCUCGGCUACGGCGCAGACAUUUGUGCCGCAGUGGGAGUCCCUCAAAGGUCUCAUCGACGAGGAGCGCUUCGAGCACGUGCUCUUCAAGCUCAAGUACCAGGCCGGUCAUUCCCUCGUCUGGCGCGAUUCCAUCAACAACUUUUACUGGAAUAAGUCGAGCAUCCCCGACGAGGCGGGACGCGUGGGCAACUACAAGUACCGCAUCGAGGCCGAGCACAUGACGCUCGACGGAUACAAGGUCGUCGACGUCGACCCCUUUGAGGCGGCGUCGGGUUACAAGGCCAUCGUGACGAGCUCCAACACGACGGCCGGAACGGCAUCCGCCACGGUCGAGUUCGAGACCGGAACAUACACCCUCGCUGUCAAUUACUUUGACGUCAUUAGAGGAAAGUGCUCGUACGUCGCGUACAUCAAUGAUGUCGUCGUCGGCCAGUGGAGGGGUAACAGCGAGGAGAAGUUGGGCCACUGGCCGUCCGAGUUCUUGGAUGGACACUCUGCCAUCCGCGUCAACUUCCCUGGCAUCAAGGUGACCAAGGGCGAUACGCUGAAGAUUGUCGGUACGCCUGACGGGCCCGAGGUCGCUCCUUUGGACUAUUCAACAUUCAAGAUUUAUGAAUUCUUCAUGAUUAUAUAUUUACAUCUCAAUCAAAUUGUGUACAUUUUGGCAAAUCUUCUUGGUAACCGCAAACGCAUUGUAAUGCAAGUAUCUUGGAUUUUGACCUCAUCCCCGAAAUUUUCAUCUAGCCGUCGUCUCUCGAGGGUCAAACCAGCAGCAAGCGCCCUUCACAAAGCCAAGUACGUAGCAAGUAUCAACGAAGCCUCACCCAACAUGCUGCCCACACCAGAUACCUCCCACGUUCCGUUUGAGCGUGUGUACGAGCCAGCAGAGGACUCGUACCUCCUCCUGGAUACCCUCUCAGCCUCGUCAGAAACCUCAUUCCUCACAUCACGCUUUGGCGGCGAAACAUCAUCAUCAUCAUCAUCAAAGUCAAGACCGGCAGCCCCACUGGUAGUCGAAAUCGGCACCGGCUCCGGCGUCGUGAUAGCCUUCCUCGCCGCCCACGCAGCAACCCUCUUCGGCACACCCACCGUCCUCACCGCAGGCAUCGACCUAAACGGCCACGCCUGCCACGCCACAACCUCCACCGUCCGCCGCGCCGUCGCCGACAACCCGUCCACGGCCUCCCCUCCCUCCCUCUGGCUCGGUGCCUCCCUGGGCGACCUCACGACCCCGCUGCGUCCGGCAAGCGUCGACGUCCUCGUCUUCAACCCGCCCUACGUCCCGUCCCCGGAGCUCCCCGCGCAGUCUUCAGCCACGCUCGUCGCGGACGCCGGCACAAAGACGACGUUUGACGAGGAUUCGUAUCUGCUUUCGCUGUCGUACGCGGGCGGGCGGGACGGUAUGGAGACGACGGAUCGGUUGAUUGAGGCGCUGCCUGGGGUCUUGAGCGCGAGGGGGUGCGCUUACAUUCUGCUGUGUGCGCAGAACAAGCCGGACGAGGUCAAGGGCCGGAUUGAAGGGUUCGGGGGCGGGUGGAGGGCUGUCAUGGUUGGGGAGAGCGGGAAGAAGGCUGGGUGGGAGAAGUUGCAGAUCAUUAGGGUGUGGAGGGAGACAGAGAUGGAGGAACAGUCUACAUAG